AAUUGAAAAGGAAAUUAUUGGGGCUGAAACUUAGCCAACUAUUUACAGACCUAUGAUCAUAUAAGGUGAAAAUCAGAGAAAUAUAGCUUCUAGUCUUCAGUCUUCGCCAUCUCAAAGUAAAAAGAAAGAAAUGGACGAAGAAGAAUUUCGACGGCGGUUGAAUCUCUUCCCUGUUGUCCGACCUCGUGAUUACCAUAUUGAUUUGGACCCAUCAAGGCAAUCGACUUCUAGACCACCACUUGAUGAGGCGAAGAAGUGGCAGGAUGCGUGGGAGGAGGAGCCACCUGAAUGGGGUAAAAAGGAAAUUGACAAUCAUGAUGCAUUCUGGGAGAAACUAAAGGCAGCAGCUGAGAGAAAGAUGGGUGCAGCUGAGGCUAAGAGAUUUUGCAAUGCUUUCCAAAAAGUUCACAGGCAACUAGUAUAUAAAGAGCUGAGUUUGGAUGCUGCCUGCAACUUUAUAAACUCGACGAGAAAGUUUUGAACAACAGUUAUCUUCCUAGCUAUAUGCUUAUUUUGUUCUCUUGUUGCUUAUGCAGUUGCCAAAUAUUUUGAUUCAGAAGAAGAAAACAUUGUAAUCUAAAUUUCAGAAAGCAAAAAUUGAUCACUGAUGUGUCAUAUUUUAAGUA